AUGGCCAAAUAUCCCCAAGCCGUUGUCUUUGACCUGGACUACACUAUUUGGCCUUGUUGGUGUGAUACACAUCUAAGCCCUCCGCUUAAACUGGAGAAGGCUGGAGGAACGCGGGAAAGACCCCUAGUGGUGGAUUCGUACGGAUACAAGCUCCAGGUGUAUCCAGAUGUUCCGCGGAUUCUCCAGGAGCUUCAGGAUAACGGAGUCCAAAUUUACAGUGCAAGUCGGACCGCUGCACCUAGGAUCGCACGCGAUCUACUGAGCCACUUCAGAAUAGAUGGCUAUUUCGAAGAUUCAGAAUGGGGACAGGGUUCCAAAGUGAGGCAUUUGAAACGAUUAGCAGAGAGGAAUAAGAUUGCUUUUUCAGAAAUGUGUCUUUUUGACGAUGAGAUGCGCAACAAAGAUGUUGAGCGGGAUCUUGGUGUAAAGUUUUUGCACAUCCCAAGUGAGCGGGUUGGCCUGACCUACGAAAUAUUUCAGAGAGGAAUGGAGUCGUGGAGGAAAGCCACGAAAUGA